GUGGAGAAAAGGAACCCUAGACAGUCAGAACUACAAUCAAGAGUAGACCCUCAGAAGAUUUUAGAAAAAGUUUUGGGAUCUCAAAUCCAGAUUGCUGUGGGAGAUCUUAUUGGAAUAUCCAAGCCAGUAACCACUAUGCUUCAGAAUAUAAUUAAACCCAAACAAGCAAUAAUAGCAAGUACUCAACCAGACAAGAAAUCAGUAGUAGCA